AGCAAAAAUGUUUAGAGCAUAUGCAGACCAGUGAGCAGAGGCGGUCGGUGCUACAAGGAGUGCUGCGGCUUCUUAUUGACUUUCACACACCUUACCCUGGAAUAUCAAAGCUGGUGUGGUUUUGAAACAUAUCUACGAUGACCUUCAUCUGAAGCAUCACAUCUCUGAAGAGGCAAGAAGACGAGAUACAGAGUGUUCUCAGCUCUCACCAAGAGCUGUUCUCCCACUCUCCCUCACAAUCUCUCAUCCCAUCUGUUGGAGCCCAGUUGCCAAUGCUGUUUCGUAAACAGAAAUUCAUCUCUUAUCUGCAUCACUUGAGUGACCUUUCAAGAUAAUUGCACAGUUUUGGAAGGGCAGCUUUCGCUUUUUGGUCAUUUGCUAAAUGAUUACAACCAUUUGAACAUCUGCACUUUUUAAAAACUUUAAAGGGAGGGCCCAAGCUCUCUGAUUUACCGUUUGUUUUGCACCAAAAACAAUGAGUUUCUCUGUUAACGACAAGCCAAUAAGUUAGUUAUUGCUGUUUUCCCCUUGGCUGACACCUUCAAAAAAGCUGCUCCAGCCUCAUCCUACUCUAGUAUGAGUUAUGACAACUCUAACUCAUUGCCCCGCAGCAGCCCUAGAGGGCGAGUGGCAAGGGCCGACGAGAAAGAAAAUGAACAGGAAGCAGAAUCAGAAGGGUUAACCUCUCUGAAAACGAGCAGCGUUAAGCCCAGCGCUAAUGGCUCCUCUCAGGAGCACGGGAGUGGAAAUAGAGGCGGCUCAUCUCCCAGUGUGGGGUCGGCGUCUGGAGGCUCGUCCCGAGACCGUAGGGGACCCAACUCAGAUGAUAUGGACGGACACUCCAGCGGAAACGACUCUGGGGAGAGGGAGAGCGAAGGCGGGAUGGAGAGAGACGGCGCGUCGCGCGGGCGCCAGUCCGUACGCAGCUCCCACAGCUCGUCCAAUGGAAAGGACUCUGGCAUGAUGCUGGAAAACACUGAGAGCAACAAGAGCACCAACUCCCAGAGCCUCUCUCCUCCCAGCAGCUCCCUGGCCUACAGCCUGCUGUCCACCAGCUCUGAGCACGACCCCCCCUCCACCUCGGGCUGCAGCAGCAACCAGUCGGCGAGGGUGCAGACCCAGAAGGAUCUGAUGAAGGCCAUCAAGGAGCUGAAGCUCCGCCUACCAACGGAGCGCAAGGCCAAGGGUCACACCAGCACCCUAAAUGCACUCAAAUACGCACUGCAGUGUGUCAAACAAGUCCGAGCCAACAAGGAGUACUAUCACCAGUGGAGCGUAGAGGAGUGUCAGGGCUGCAGUCUGGACCUGUCGGCCUUCACUAUUGAGGAGCUUGACAACAUCACAUCAGAGUACACGCUCAAAAACACAGACACUUUCACCAUGGGCGUGUCAUUCCUGUCAGGGAAGGUGGUGUACGUAUCGCCUCAGGGCUCUUCCCUGUUGCGCACUAUGCCCGAACGUCUCCAGGGGGCGAUGUUCUCUGAACUUUUGGCCCCGCAGGACGUCAGCACUUUCUACAGCGGUACAGCACCCUGCCGUCUACCAAACUGGGCCUCUUGCAUCGGGUCAGCUUCUGCUCCAGUGGACUGCACUCAGGAGAAGUCCAUGUUCUGCCGGAUAAGUGCCGACCGGACGCAUGGCGGCGAGAUGCGCUACUACCCGUUCCGCCUCACGCCGUACCAGCUCACCAUCAGAGACUCAGACGACUCUGAGCCACAGCCCUGCUGCCUGCUCAUCGCCGAGAGGGUCCACUCCGGAUACGAAGCUCCUCGUAUCCCUCCAGACAAGAGGAUCUUCACUACAAGUCACACUCCGAGCUGCAUCUUCCAGGAAAUUGACGAGAGGGCAGUGCCAUUGUUAGGAUACCUGCCUCAGGACUUGGUGGGAACCCCCAUCCUGCUCUACAUUCACCCUGAAGACAGGCACAUCAUGGUGGCUAUACAUGAGAAGAUCCUUCAGUUUGCAGGGCAGCCGUUUGACUAUUCGCCUUUGAGGAUGUGUACCCGAAACGGGGAAUAUGUGACCAUCGACACCAGCUGGUCGUCCUUUGUCAACCCCUGGAGCCGGAAGGUGGCAUUCAUCGUAGGGCGCCACAAAGUCAGAACGAGCCCUCUGAAUGAAGACAUGUUCACGGCACCUCAGGGCUGUGAGACUUGGACCACCACCCCCGACGUGGUGCAGCUGAGCGAGCAGAUCCACCGGCUCCUGGUGCAGCCGGUGCACAGCGGCAGCUCCCAGGGCUACAGCUCGCUGGGCUCCAGUGGCUCCCGAGGCUCCCGGCGCUCCCACCAGCAGCGCCUCAGCGCCGCCUCGUCCAGCGACAGCAACGGCCCCGCCAUCGACAAAGCUGCCGUCGCUCUGCGCAAACCUAUGACUUUCCAGCAGAUCUGUAAAGAUGUCCACAUGGUCAAGACUAACGGACAGCAGGUUUUCAUCGAGUCUCGUCACAGGCCACUACCCAGGAAAACCAGCAGCACAGGCGCAACAAGCAUCAGAGCAAUCGGCAGCGACCCAAUCAGAGGCUUGAUCGCCGACAUGACGAUACCCCCCAAAGCUUUGCUCCCUGCUCCUCUCGUGCCAAAGGAGCCUCCUACUGGCUACUCCUACCAGCAGAUCAACUGUCUGGACAGCAUCAUAAGGUACUUGGACGGCUGUAACAUUCCUAACACGGUCAAAAGGAAGUGUGGCUCUUCCUCCUACACGUCUGACGAGGACAAGCAGCAAGAUGGCGCCUACAACACAGCAGGUGGUUCAGUUAACCUUGUAAGUGAACCACCUCCUCUGCCUCCCCUGACCAUGGCCACAAAGGCAGAGAGUGUAGCCUCAGUCACGUCGCAGUGUAGCUUCAGCAGCACCAUCGUGCAUGUGGGAGACAAGAAGCCUCCUGAGUCAGACGUCAUCAUGGAGGAGGCACCCACUACUCUCACUCCUGCUCCGUCUACAUCAACAGCGACGCCUCUCACAGCCAUCGCCUUUCCUCCUCUCCCUCCCCCUCAAGCCUCUCAGCUAGAGAGGUACAAACGGAGAAGUGGCAGUUUAGGAGGAGGGGGCCGUAUGGGGCUCACAAAGGAGGUGCUAUCCGCCCACACCCAGCAGGAGGAGCAGGUGUUCCUCGACCGCUUCAAGGACCUCAGCAAGCUGCGUGUUUUCGAUCAGACGGCUUCGUCCACUCUGCACUGUCAGAACCCGGCUGCCAACCCUCUGUCGCGAGGAGUGCGUUGUUCCCGGGAUUACCCCGCCGCCGCCGGCAGCAGCACCAGCCACCGGCGAGGUCGAGGCGGGAAGAGACUGAAGCACCAGGAGUCGUCUGAGCAGCACAGCUCUCUGCGCCUCAGUGGGAGGCGCCAUGACCCCCGAACCAGCACCGCUCUCAUGCCUCUCACCAUGCCCCUCACCAUGCCUCUCACCAUGCCUCUCAACAUGCCCAUCGGACCCCCGACAAACUCCUCCUCCUGGCCAUCUGUCGUCUCCCAGGCCAGCAUUCCCGCCGCGCCAUUCGCUCCUGGAAUGCUUCCGAUCUACCCCGUCUACCCACCAAUGGCACAAACCUUACCCGUUCCAGAUCCAUCCCGUUUCCCCCCCGCCCAGAUGGUUCCUCCCAUGGUGGCCCUCGUUCUGCCCAACUACAUGUUCCCCCAGAUGGGAACCCCCAUCUCUCAGCCGGCCCCCAACCCCGGACACUUCUUCAACCCGAACUUCACAUACCCCACCCAAGUCGUCCCCACCAUUAUUUCCAACCCAGUGCCAAUCCCAGUCACCUGCGCCCCGUCCCGCAGCAGCACCCCCCAGUCCUACAGCCAGGUCCCCCCAGAGUCCCCCCUCUUCCAGUCCAGAUGCUCCUCGCCUCUCAACCUGUUGCAGCUGGAGGAAACAACGAGCAACCGGCUGGAGGUCGCCACGGCGCUGGCAGCAUCACAGCAAGCCCCGCCCUCUGUUCAGGGGGCAACGACCGGUCAGAGCUCAGCCAAUCAGAGGAGCUCUGAUGAAACUUCCAAGGAGAAUGAGAAUGGUGAGGCUAAUGAGUCCAACAACGAUGCCAUGUCCAUCUCCAGCGACCUGCUGGACAUGCUGCCGCAGGAAGACGCUCGCUCAGGCUCUGGCUCAGGGUCCUCCGGCUCAGGCUCUGGUUCCGGCUCCAACGGCUGCAGCUCUUUUGGCACCAGUGGCAUGAGCAGCAGCCAGGGCAGCCACACCAGCAAGUACUUUGGUAGCAUCGACUCAUCAGAGAACGAUCAUUCCCGCAAGCAGCCAGCAGGGGGCAGCAGCAGUGUGGGUGGAGAGGAGCAGUUCAUCAAGUGUGUCCUGCAGGACCCCAUCUGGCUCCUGAUGGCCAACACCGACGACAAGGUCAUGAUGAACUAUCAGCUGCCUGUCAGAGACAUCGAGACUGUGCUGCGAGAAGACCGCGAGGCGUUGAGGAACAUGCAGAAACAGCAGCCACGCUUCAGCGAGGACCAGAAGAGGGAGCUGAGCCAGGUUCACCCCUGGAUCCGCACAGGACGCCUGCCCCGAGCCAUCAACAUCUCUGGCUGUACAGGCUGCAAGUCCCCCCCUUCUGAGCGUCCCACGGCUCCGUUCGAUGUUGUGAUUCACGAGAUGGAGAUGUGCAGCGCGCUAAAAGCUCAAGGAGAUGGUGCCGGCAAGGGCAUUACAGUUCCUUCAGAGGCAGCCAUGGAUGAAGCUCACCCAGAGGAAGAGGAAGAAGACAAAAGAACCAAAACGCAAGCCAGAAACCAGGAAACGACAGCCGAGGCGCCGAGAGCGGCCUCAGAAGCUGUGAAAGAAAGGUCUCAAAUGACUUACUGAGGAGGUGGCCAAAGAUGAUGAACCCUAUCAAGACGUUUCCGCGCCGAUGUGCAGAAGACAUGCACCUUCCCGAACUUCCUGUGCCCAAAUAAAAAAAUCACUACUAUACUAUACCGAUCGAGACAACUUCCGUCAUUGCUGGACAGGACACUAGUUCAUUCUUCAUGAAGAUGACAGCACAACACGCACGUCGUAAGACUGUAUAUUACAAUGCCUUGGGAACCACAGGACAUGAGCACUUUCCUUGAUCUUGACAUAUUUAUUUAAGCUGUAAAAUAGUCAGAAAGGACUAAAGAUGAAUGUGUAUCAAAAAGGCGCCUUUACGUAUAGAUGGAUGUGCAAUGCUCUCGACGGAAAAGAAGGGAGCUCUGAGACUUUUCUUCUUGUUGAAUGUUUUACAGGUGGUCUGGAAUCCUAAUCCUCAAAGAGUUCAUUUUGUAUAGAGCGACAACCAGUGUAUUUUGUAAACAAUCUGUAUAUUUUUAUACUAUCUGCCACUGCGAAUUGUGAUAGGAUAAAUGUCUUAAAGAGUGUGUCCUGUUCAGUCUUUAAACAGAGGUGGUGACACUUGUUGCUUUCCUCGAGGGAUGUAAAGUGAAUGUGUGGGACAGCGUGGCAAUCGCCAGGAGACUGACUUGGACUUUAAGGUCUCUCCUCGGCCGGGCAUUAGUAUGUGCAUUGGGGUGACAUCCCCAUAGUGAGAAAUGGACAAUAUCUCUCUGAGAAAUGAUGACAGUAUUUCCUAAAAGGAGCUCUGAAUCCUGCAAAGGGAGAGUUCCUGUGUAGCAAGCGCUUGCACACGGUGGUAAGAAGAGGUGGACGACGUUUCUCUCUAAAAAGUCUCGAGAGAUUGGAAUGUUAACUAUGUGUUUUCCUCUCUGUCCCUAUCGCUCUCUCCGUGACACUGUUCUGGUCAUGUGAUAUCCUUUUUGCUUCAGUCAGUGGUGUCUAGAGAGUUUCUAAAUAUUUUUGUGAAAUUCUUUGUACGAAAAAAGACAAUAAAACGACUGGAAAAUCCUUUAAAAUGUGAA